AUGAUUACCGUAGGCAUUCUCGUGUGUUUAUUUACUUUGUCGAGCGCGUUUGACGACAACUUCUGCGACAAAGACAAAGUUCUCUGCCAUGGGAACUUCGAAAUAGAUAAUACAAUCAAACAUAUACUUUACGAUGUUAAUCCUCCAGAAGGAUUUAAUUUAAGGAGGGAUGUAUAUAUGAGGUUUGCUAUCAUGCUGGCGAAAGCCAAGACCAAUUACGUGAAAAACAAAUAUCGGCUGAUUUUACCGCCUUGGAACAACAUGUACCAUUGGAGAUCAAGCACAAAAGCUAGCAAACCUCUACCUUGGAGACACUUCUUCGACGUGACCGCUCUUCAAUCUUUCGCGCCCGUCGUGGAAUUCGACGAAUAUCUAGAAAACACGAAAUCAGAUUACGUCCAAGUAGAUCAUUUGUACGUGUUACAGAACUUUGAGAAUCCAUUCGAGAACGGCGUGUUCGAAGAGAAGUAUAAAGUUAUGGGUAAUUGUGUUUACAAUGUGAGUAACGAUAAAAUAAAAGUAAAAGAGGUGAUAUGUGUUAAGUUCCAGGGUAAGAUAUCGAAGUUAUGGGAACUGAUAGCGUCUAAUCCAAAAGAUACUAGCGUUAUGUUCGCGCAUGGGGAAAUUCCUCUGCAUGAUAGCUACGGAGACGCGUUAUACUGGGCUUGUCGGAAAAGUAUGGUUUUCAGUGAACCACUCGUCGAAGCGGCGACCAAAUAUAUGACAGAUAAACUCAAAUGCUUCGUGAAGAUGUGUACUUCAUAUAUAAGUAUACACUGGAGGCGUCAGGACUUCGCCAGAUCGAGGAGUAAAGACGUCCCAUCGGUUACAGGAACGGCAAAACAAAUUGAUGAUAUUGUUAGGAACACUAAUCUCGAUUUAAAUGAGGUCUUCAUCGCUACUGAUGCUGAUCAAUCAGAGUUGAUACUUCUGAAGACUGAAUUAAAGAAUUUGGGCUACGUAGUGUAUUAUUAUACUCCGACAGCCGACGAGAUACAGCGUUACAAGGAUGGAGGCAUCGCUAUCAUUGAACAGAUCAUAUGUUCACACGCAGCAACCUUCAUCGGCACUCAUGAGAGUACAUUCACCUACAGGAUUCAAGAGGAGAGAGAGUUGCUCGGGUUUCUUACAUACACUACAUUCAAUAGAUUCUGUCCCGACAAAGGUGAAUGUGAACAACCAUCUGUCUGGAAGUUUGUUGAAUAA